GUAUGUAUGCUGCAUAAUAAUACUAUAGUACACUGUACUAAUAAUAGUGACAUACGGAACUGAAAUGAUGAAAUAGGCCUGCAUUUCCAAGGAUUUUUUUUCUUCCCGGAGUAGCCUUUACGGGACUACACGUCCACGAUGAUGAAUUUUGAGUUUUUAGACGAGGUUCGGCGAAUGAACAAGCGUCAGCUGUUCUACCAGGUGCUGAAUUUUGGAAUGAUCGUGUCGUCAGCGUUGAUGAUAUGGAAAGGUCUGAUGGUUGUCAUGGGCAGUGAGAGUCCUAUUGUUGUCGUCUUAAGCGGUAGUAUGGAGCCAGCCUUUCACCGGGGCGACCUGCUGUUCCUCACCAACUACCAAGACGAUCCCAUCCGCGUCGGGGAGAUUGUCGUCUUCAAGAUUGAAGGCCGAGACAUUCCCAUAGUCCACAGGGUGCUACGACUUCACGAACAGGAAAAUGGUGAAAUGAAGUUUCUGACUAAAGGUGACAACAACAUGGUGGAUGAUCGAGGCCUGUAUGCACCAGGACAGCUGUGGCUUCAACGGAAAGACGUGAUUGGUCGAGCCCGGGGUUUUGUACCGUAUGUUGGCAUAGUAACGAUUCUUAUGAAUGACUACCCAAAAUUUAAGUAUAUAGUUCUGGCUGGGCUUGGCUUGUUCGUCCUGAUCCAUCGAGAAUGACACCCAAGAUUUACUGUCUUCGCCACCUUUUUCGUUUUUCUUUCCUGUGGUAUUAACAUCAAUCGUCAAGGUUAACAUCAAUCCCUUAUAAUUACAUGUGGUGUCAGUGUAGUUUUAGAAUUUCUCUGACCUUUUUGUCUGCUUUGAAGACCAAAGGUCUUACAAGUUCUUGAUCACUCCUUGAUUUCGCUCCUUGGUGGUAAUGGCUUUUGGGUUUUUUAAAGCAAGUUUUGACAGUUUAG